CUUAGGGUUUUCACAUAGAGAUACAGAUAGAGAGAGAGAAGAUGUGGAGAUCAAUAGUUGCAAGAAGAGGAGGAUCAAGGCUGCUGCAUUUAAUCCUAAACUCUCAUCCUUCUCCUACUCCUCAGAUGGUUUGGGUACAAAAUUGAAUGAGGAAGGGAUUGCAUACUACAACGUCAUUAAUGCUCUGCUUGAAAGGCAUCCAGCCUUUUGUAACUCCGUACCACUGGGAUCUUCCAUUGAAUCUUCAUGAGUCAAUGGGAGGGUGUUUGAAUGAGCAGGUAUGGAUGAUGAAGAUAAUGACUGACCCUCUCCAUGAGAUGCUAGAUGACAAAUUGAGCGUUUGUUACUAUAAAAGCUACCUUGCAGCUGUUUCUCAGGCAAUUAAGGAUGGAACAGAUGUGAGGGUUUAUUUUGCGUGGUCAUUACUGGACAACUUUGAGUGGAGUUCUGGCUAUACCAAACAUUUCAGCUUGAUUUAUGUGGACAAUAAGAAUGGGCUUUUUUGGCACCUGAAAUCUUCUGCUUAUUGGUUCAUGCAUUCUUGAAAGGUUGAGGAGACGACAAAAAUGGCAAAGAAGAGUAGUAUAACCACAAAACCCUCGGCAUCUCAGGUCUUUCAUUCAGCAUCCUUUCAUACCUUACCUUGCAUUCUAUGCUGCCAGAGGUUAUUUUGCCCGCUAGACACUCUUUGUCAACAUGUUACUUUUUUUCUGUUAUCAUUUACUAUAUAUGUAGUUCAAAUCUGGAGUAAUAUCUGUGUACUUUCCAUUAUAGACUAUACAUUGCAGAUGCUUGGAUUAUUAUUCUGAAGUUUAUUAAACCAUCUUCCAAGAAAUGAAAGCCAAGUCUUAAGACAC